CGUCAGUAUUAGUUAUUUCCGGUAUAUUUAUUGACAUUGCGAUGUAUUGACACUGGUUUAUAAUUAUCAGUUUAACACAGUAUAUUUCAACAUUUUGCCUGAGAUAUGUUACUAUUUAAGUCUUCUUAGCGUUCGAAAUAUGGCUACCGCACAAUCAGCGAGUGUGUCUGUCAGUGAUACUAUUGUGGAGCAUGAACAGCCACCUAAUCGUAGUCCCAACUUGAGGCUAAAGCUAAGAAAACCCAAAAAUGACAAAAAGGUGAAAUGGACCACAGAAACAGUGGACAAUGAACACAUGAAUAAGAAAAAGUCAAAAUGUUGCUGUCAGUAUCAGAAACCCAGGAUGUUUGGUGAAUCCUCCUCUGAAGAUGAAGAUGAUUGUAAGAGCUGUAGUGGUCACAAGGACAAAUGCUACCGUACCGGGGAUAAUCACUCUGCCCCUGGAAAUGAACCAAUGGAAGGAGGAAGUUCAGAACACUGACCCCUUGAUUUCAAUCUAGUGGAUGAUCCUGGAACAAAUGUACCUGUCUGAACUUAUUAAAAAUAUGACAGGACACUUGUCUGAACAUUGUGUACAAGAUAUUGGGACAUGUCUGUGAUCACAGGAGAGCACCCUCAUAGGACACAUGGAGCACUGCAUAUGCAUCCUUGAAGAUGUUUUAGGAAUUAGUGUUUCCUCACACUAUGGUUCAUUGAAUUCCUUGUUAAUUGACCCAUGACAACCCAUAAAUGACGGCUGGUCUUUGAAAAAGUCUGGAUUUUCUGUCUCUCAUUUUCAGCAUUGGAUUAAUGGAGAGCACCGUGGCACCACAGAGUAUGUGAACAUUCAGCAUGGGGAUAUUGUAAUACAUGUAUUGGCUCAGUUCUUCUUCCUGUUGUCAUUAUCACUUCCAUAAUGCCAAGGAUGUACCUUUGUAUUGGUGACUAUAAACAAAAUGUCUGCUGAUUGUCGGCUAUAGUUUUAGUAAGAGUGCUUUUGUCUGUUCAAACUGUCUUUAAAAUGUAGUACAUUCCAUCCUUACAUACAGUGAAACCUGUCGGUAACAAAUAGACUCAAAUUUAGAGUACAAACGUUUCUAUAUUAGACAGGUUCCCUUAACUCAUUCACCCCUAAAAUUUCAUAAUGAACUAUUCCAACCUUUGAAUUGGAGGAGUUCAAAUGUGUCUUCAGGGGUGAAUGAGUUAAAAGAGAAUGUGUCUGUUUAAACCUAAAACCUAUCCCAUUUUAGUUACUAGAUUAAUAUCAAUUUUGAGAACAAAAUACCAAAAAGAUUUCUGCUCUAUGAUCACUAAUUUAAAUAAGAUAUUUGAACAUAAACAUUUAUUAGCAAUGCCCAUCCAUUGCUUAUCUUAAUAUAUAAAUAUUAUGCUCUUGAUUUCACCAGUAAUAGAGGGUUUAUUUCUAGUGCAAUUUUGAUUAGAUUUGUGCAUGUUUUCAGGGAACAGCUCUGUGUUAAUUAUUUUUAUCAGCAGCAAAAUAGAAAGGAAAUAUGGGAAUUCGUUGUCAAAAAUUGUAAUUUCAUUCUCAAAUGUUAGGAAACCAAGUUAAUAAAAGAGUAACUGAAUAUCUGGUUUACACAGGUUUACAUAUAAUGCAGAGUUUAAUUUUGACAGGUUACUCUGUGAACACAACUUCAUGUGCAUGUUAAACCUACAUCAGGUAUUUCUACAUCCUUGAUACUCUAGGAGUUACGCUCACUUUGCUCUCGGCAUCCCUGCAAUAUGUCAUAGCAACAUUGAAGGCGCACAGCUAGCUAUAGGAUUGCUCUGUAGGUAAAGAAACCUUACCAAUCCCUAGGCUUUUACCUGUCCUUUGAAGACCACAGAGGAGAAACACCCAGUCAAUGUUACUGUAACACAUCAAAGAAUCAAACUAGUCUUGUCUCAUCCACAAGGUGGUGCACAAUGAGCCUUCAAUUUUGGUAUGACAUAUUUCAGGGAUGCAGAAAGCGAAAGUGAGCAUUCUAUACCCCUUGAGUAUUGAGGAUGGUAUUUCCUCAAUCAAUCAUUCAUAAUGCUUAUUCUUGUUGUCUGCUAAUCAAAAAUCAAACUUGAAUGAGAAAGUCUCUCCAGUAAAGAGUAUAUUAUCACCUCUAGCUAAAGAUACCAUCAGAGUUGAUUGAUGUACAUAUUUCUGUUUCAUUACAUGGUUGAGGUUGGUAUAAAUUUUAUCUUAAAUUUGUACUGUUUGUCUAGUUUAUUUUGUAAAUAAAUAUGAUGAUAUGAUAUUCUA